AUGCCGAAAGAGAAAUCCGUCAAUCCUGCGCAAGCUCAGCGCAAAGCGGAAAAAGUAAAAGCCAUAAAGAAAGGCAAAGCCGAAGCCCAAAACCGGCGCAAUGAAAAACUUGCCAAGCGCAAUCCAGCUCACCUCGAGAAAGAGCUUGCAGAACUCAAAUCCCUCGAAACUGCCGGCACCCUAACAUCCCACGAGAAGUCUGUCCUCGAAGGUCUGGAGCGAGAUCUGAAAGCAGUCAAGAAAGCUAGAGAGGCAUUGGGUGAUGCGGCGCCAAAAUUUGGAGCUGGGGAGCGGAGGGACAGGGGCGAAAGGGGGGAGCGGGGAGGCAGAGGAGGUAUGAGGGGAGGAAGGGGAGGAGCGGGUGUGCUUGGUAAGAGGAGGAGGGAUGAUGGGGAAAGUAGUGAGGAGAGCGAUAUUCCAGAGGAUGUUAAGAGUAUUCCCAUGCCACGCGACACGCCGCCACCUAUACCGAAGGAGGUCCUUGAUAAAUGGUAUCAGAGGAGACGAGAGCGGAUCGCAGCGCAAUAUCCUGGCUCAGAUGCUGCGAGAGGUGGCAGAGGAGGAGGAGCUACAAAUGCGAAUAAUACACCUUUGGGAGCAAACGAGAGGAGAGUGGGUAAUGCGGAUGCGGAUGCUGAGGCUGGGCAGGAGAGGCAGAGGGUGGUGGUCGAGGCAAAGACUACAUAUGAGGCCAAGCCUGUGAUCAGAGACUUGAGAAAGGAGGCUACGGCAUUUGUCCCUGCUGCUGUGAGGGCAAAACUGGAUAAGGCGAAGGGCGUUGGAGUACUGGUGGAGCCUGAGGAGGCUGAUGCACUUGAAAGAGCUGGUUAUAUGGGCAAGACGGCUACGAGUGACGAUAUUGCUGGCACUGGUGGCGGUGGAGAGUACACAUCGCAGAAGGGACUAAGGACAGUAACGAUGGAAGAAGUCGACGAUGAAGAUGGCUAGUUGCAUAUGCUAGAUGAAACGGAAAGAAUUAAUACGAUACCCCUCCUUUUAUGGCGCCGACUACUGGGCCUGGCCAAAACGUAAUGCUGUAUUAUGAAGGUAUCACAGGGCUUUCCUUAAUACGAGUAGAAUAUAAAAGGCAUCCAGCGGCCCACAGGU